CCGAUGCUGACAGGAACCAGGAAACUUUGUGCUGUCAGAAGGUGGUAUUGUGUAGCUCUGGGUAGACUGUUCAGAAACUAGCCCCGGAUAAAACUGAAAGUCAGGUCAGCGAGAAGCGGCUAGUGAAUAAAAUGUCCGGAGAGGUGAAAUUCGUCAACCCCUUCCACAGACCCCGCUGUCUGUCUGCAGCUGCGCCGGCUGGAAAAGCAAAACUCACUCACCCGGGAAAAGCCAUUUUAGCGGGUGGAAUCGCAGGAGGGAUUGAAAUCUGCAUCACUUUCCCGACAGAGUAUGUGAAGACCCAGCUGCAGCUAGACGAGAAGGCGAACCCACCACGCUACAGAGGGAUCGCUGAUUGUGUGAAGCAGACAGUCCAGGGUCAUGGUGUGAAAGGUCUGUACAGGGGCCUCAGCUCGCUACUCUACGGUUCCAUCCCCAAAGCUGCUGUAAGGUUCGGCAUGUUUGAGUUCCUUAGUAACAAGAUGAGGGACGAGUCUGGGAAGCUGGACAGCACCCGAGGCCUGAUCUGCGGUCUGGGCGCUGGAGUAGCCGAGGCUGUCCUGGUGGUGUGUCCUAUGGAGACGAUAAAGGUUAAAUUUAUUCAUGAUCAGACCUCAGCAAACCCCAAGUACCGAGGCUUUUUCCACGGCGUCAGGGAAAUAGUCAGAACACAAGGACUUAGGGGAACGUAUCAGGGAUUGACAGCGACAGUAUUGAAGCAAGGAUCAAACCAGGCUAUUCGCUUCUUUGUUAUGACCUCCUUGAGAAACUGGUACAAAGGUGACAACCCUAACAAACCCAUAAACCCUCUGGUGACUGGAAUUUUUGGAGCUAUAGCCGGGGCCGCCAGUGUGUUUGGAAACACGCCGCUUGAUGUAAUUAAGACUCGAAUGCAGGGCCUGGAGGCGCACAAAUACAAGAGCACUGUGGACUGCGCCAUGAAGAUAAUGAAACACGAAGGACCAGCAGCGUUCUACAAAGGUACUGUUCCGAGACUUGGGCGCGUGUGCUUGGACGUGGCUAUCGUGUUCGUGAUCUAUGAUGAGGUAGUGAAGGUUCUUAACAUGGUGUGGAAGACAGAUUAAUGCUGAGAGUGCAGCAAAGGCAGCUCAUGGAACACGGCCAGACCUUCACAACGUUGACGGGGAAAGUGAGACACGAUGUCAGUAGGGCAAAGCAACAUCACACGAGCUGUGAACGUGUUUAAGUUCCCUUAUGUAAUUAAGAUUAAAAAAAAAAAAACAUUCCCAAAAAAAUGUGAUAUAUAUAAAAAUACUUGAAAAAUUAGUUAAAGUGGGAAAAAAACAUUGAAUACUCCAUGGUAUGGUUUCAGUAAUGGAGUCUUUGAAAAGCCAAAUGUUUAUAAUGCGGAGCGAUAAAACUGGCUUUUUUAAACAUAAUUUUUUUUAGUGUCAUAGUUUUGUUUCUAGUAUUUUAGCCUUUUUUUAUUCUACAUUUCUAACUGACAACUGAAAACUCAUGAAUCUGAUUACUUUUCCAUUAUGUUUAUUUUCGGAUCAGUUGGUGUUAUCUUAUGUAAAGACACUAAAUAUAUAUGCAGUGAUGAGGACAAAAAAAAAAAAAAUCGUCCUUGCACAGGAGUGCAGCAUGUGUUACAGCCAUGAAAAAAAGUUUGUUAAGGAGGUUAAAUCCAAAAAUGACAAAAUAAUAAUAAUAAUGAUCAUAACAAUAAUAAUAAUAAUAAUAAUAAUAAUGACAUUAGUAAUAAUGAACUAAUGUUAAUAAUAAUGCAAAAUAGUAAUGCAAAAAUCUAACUUUAAUUCAUUAUUAGCAUUGUAAAAGUGUAAUUACACUUAAAACUUAUUCUUGCACUGAACAACAACAACAACAACAACAAUAAUAGUAAUAAUAAUAAUAAUAUUUGAUUCUAUUUGAGCACUAUAAGCAAGAAUGAGCUUUCAGUGGAGUUAUACUGUUGUCUGGGUGAUUUUUUUUUUUGUUCUGAUUAAGCUAAUAUGAUAUGAUUCCUAAAGUGUUUGCUCGCGUAUUUCUAAUUUCGUGUACUGAAAAGUUCUUGGAUCCAAAGAACAUUGAACCAACCUGACACACCACCAAAGCCUUUACCUCCCAGAAACACACAUUCCUCGGUAUCUCCAGUAAAUACAUGCACUUUCAAAACCUUAAAGGAUUUGGUACUAAUUUAAAUGAAGUAAUGAAUUUACUUUAAGUGCCUGACCAGUAUUUACUAGUGCUCAUGAUCAGUGUGUAGCUUUUCUCAUAAACUUUUGCCAGGAACAAUGAUGCCAAGUUUUCUUUCUUUUUUAUUUUUUUACAUUUUUUUUUUUUUUUUUUUUUUUAAAUAAAUUUUGUCUAUACCCUGAACAACAAUCUAAAUGCAACCUAGAAGACUAUUACUAGUGCUGUUAACUAGUGUAGGGUCAUGUUCGGUCGACAUUAGAUUUAUGUGUGCUACAGAAUAUUUUAUUAUUUUAAUAUUAUUAAUGCUAAAAUGAUAAGAAUCCUAAACCUGCCCCAAAUUGUUUGGUUUGAAAAGCUGUUCAUGGAACUGAAAUUGCCUUAAACUGUUCCUUUUUGAGUGCCAUCGUCAGAUUGAUCACUUUUCCUACCUCAAGAAAUUCCCCCGGAAUCCUAAGUGUCAAGAAGGAGCCAUUAGAUGUAAAGAAAUGGUCUCUGUCUCAGUGUCUCCCUUACUUACAUUGCAUAUGUAAUACACUGUAUGCAUAUACAUAUACAUAUAUGGAUUGAAAUAUCUUUGGCAAAUGUAAAAAAAAAAAAAGUGUCAUGAUGCAAAAGCAAAUGCAGAAAUGUAGAUCUUUGUGCUACUUAAUGUUGUGUGUGAUAUGGGAGCAUAACACUGUGUGUAGUCUGUAUGUUCAACGAAGAAUAUUUGUGCCUAAUUAAUAUAUGGUUGUCUUCUGUAUUAAAAUGUUUAUACCUUAAAAAUGGA